CGCAAACGAAACGAACGCGAAACGCGCGCGCGAGAAAACAAAACUAGAAUAGAAUAGACCAAAUUAACCUACGCCGCCCCGUCUCCCCCGCGAAACACAGAGAAAAGAGAGAGAGACCGUGCGGGCCUAACCCAAUCCUAACUAUAAACAAUAAUCGAAUCAACGAAAUUUUUAAAUUAACAUCGAAUGAGUAAUACCUGAGCAAUUCAUAACCCGACAAAAGGAAAAGGAGAACCAGAAGCCGAGCCACAAACAAAGAAUCCACAAGUAGCAGGCUGGCACAAGAUACGCCAUCUAGAAGAUAGACAGAUAGAUAUCCGCGCAGAUAAUUGCUGCUUCUCGGUACGGCGGCAUUAGGGCUCUAAAAAUAACCAGCGAAAGCGUAUAUUCGCGGAGACAAUUGCAGGGCACCGGUGCAAGUGACGGCACCCCGAGGAUCUAUCACUCGCCGUCUUCUUCUUUUGCCAACUGACCAAGGAUGGCCUACGACAUUAGCAUAGAGAAGCAGAACCAGUACCAAAACCAGUUCCAGAGCUCCACGGAUGCUCGAUUCAAGCAACUGUAGUCGUAUCGCUGGGCUAUAAAGGGUUAAUACGAAAAAGAACUCAAACUCACUCAAGAGAAGGAGAAUUUUGCUACUUUCGCGUUUCAGUGAAAAGGCCAACAAUUUAACUUAACACUAACUAAACCCAGAAACAUAUAAAUAUAAAUAUAAAUACAUAUAUAGGUUAAGCAGAAAAACAAACGAGCGAAACCAAGCGAAACGAAACCAUUGGCACUAGACCAGUAAGAACCAGGAUCAGAUGAGGCAACAGCAGGCGGCGGAGCCAGAGGAGUCGUCGUCGUCGAGCGGGAAAUCAAUGAGCAGCCGGCGGAGGCAUAAAAAGCAUCUAGCAUCUAGCAGUAUCUUAAGGCGCCGCCAACUGUAGACACUCCGAAAGGCUCGAGCAUGCAACAGGCUGGCCAACUCACGCCGCAGCAGCAACAGCAACAGCAGCUACUGCAACAGCAGCAACUGCAACAAAAUGGCGGCGAUAUGGCUGCCUAUUCCGCCUCCCAGGCGGCGGGCGGCAGGCGUGGACCCAUAAGCGGCGGCCGCUUCGACUUUGAGGACGGCGGCACCUAUUGCGGGGGCUGGGACGAGGGCAAGGCCCAUGGUCAUGGCGUCUGUACGGGACCAAAGCACCAGGGCGCCUAUGCCGGAGCCUGGAACUAUGGCUUUGAGGUGUCGGGCUCGUACAUCUGGCCAAGUGGUUCGCACUACGAGGGCCAGUGGCAGAACGGACGCCGUCAUGGCCUGGGCGUGGAGCAGAUCGGGCGGCAGAUCUACCGCGGCGAGUGGUCAAAGGAUGGACAUAAAGGCCGCUAUGGCGUUCGGGAGAGCACUGUGUCGACGGCCAAGUACGAGGGCACCUGGAACGAGGGCUACCAGGACGGGUCCGGAUGCGAGACCUACGCGGAUGGUGGCAAGUACCAGGGUCAGUGGCAGGAGGGCAAGAGGCAUGGCUAUGGAAUCCGCACCUCGGCGCCCUUCGGCUUGGCCUCGCACCAUCGACGCAAGAAUCUGCAUGCCUCCCUGAGUUCCCUGCGGAGCGGCGAGAAUGGGAAUGUGGCAAAGAUGGUGGAGAAGGCAGAGGAAAUACGAGGAGGAUUCGUACUGACGGCCAAGUCGGACAAGCUGCCGGUGAGGCGCAACAGUUUGACGGACAAGACGGGCAAAAAGGGAUUUCUAAUGGGCCUCAAGAUGCGCAAGCAGCGCAGCACGGGAGAUCUGGAAAAGAGGGGUACCAUUGCCUCUGGCAGCAUUCGCUCCACCAUGUCCUCGGCCUCUUGGAUCAGCACCGGUUCCGAACAGUCCAAUCUGACCACCAAAUCCAACCACACGGAGUCCAAUGCUAGCUUCACCAUGGAGGACGAGCAGCUGGAUCCCACCGUGGUGGAGACGUACAUGGGCGAGUGGAAGAAGGACAAGCGUUGUGGUCAUGGCGUGGCCGAGCGCAGCGAUGGACUCAAGUACGAGGGCGAGUGGUACAACAACCGGAAGCAUGGCUAUGGUGUCACCACCUUCCGCGACGGCACUGUCGAGGAAGGCAAGUACAAGAACAACAUACUGAUCACCAGCCAGAAAAAGAAGCAUUUGUUCCUGGCGCGCUCGCGCAAAUUCCGUGACCGCAUCACGGCGGCAGUGAACGCGGCCCAGCGCGCCCUCAAAAUGGCCAUGCAGCGUUCCGAUAUGGCUAUCUCCAGGAUGGCAACAGCGGCUGCCAAGGCCCAAAAUGCGGACAUGUCCGCGGAGCAGGCGAGGAUCGAUUGCGAGAACGCUGUAAGAAUGGCCCGAGAGUUUGCACCGGACUUCAAGCCCUCGGUCCUGGAGCGUUUCGAGAAGCUGCGCUUCCGGGAGCGAGAGCGUUUCCGUCCCGGCCCCGCGGCCGCCUCCGAUGCCAAUGUAAAAAUGGGGCUGGGCAUGCAGCAGCAGCAGCAGGCGGGUCAGUUCUCGCCCACAAGCAGCAGCGGUUCGGAUGCGUAUGCCACUCAGGCCCAGCGCCAGCAGCAAUAUCUGACCAUGCAGCAGCAACAGCAGCAGCAGCGUCGUGCCUCGCAGCAGCACCAAAAGCCGGAAUCCGACUGCCCCGUGCCUUCAUCGAUGUACUCGCAGCAGCUGCCCGUCUCGCCGCAGACGGAUCUGUCCAGCAUGGUAAACCAGGGCCAGCCCAGCCAUGCCCAGGUGAUCAGCGCCAUCAACCAGAUGUACCACCAGCAGCAGCACCAACAGCAGCAACAGCAGCAGCAGCAGCAGAGCAACCCGCAAAUGAAUCCUGCAUAUCAGUUCCAGCAACAGCAGCCGCCCGGCCAGGCCAAGGUGAAUCCAAAUCUCAACUCGAGUCUCAAGCAGAACCAGGCCCCCAACCAGAACCAGAUACCCUUUGGCGCCGGCACCAAUCAGCAGCAGCUUCAGCAGCUCCAGCAGCAGCAGCAGCAACAACAGCAGCAACUCCAGCAGCAACAGCAACAACAGCAGCAACAGCAACUCCUGCAGCAGCAACAGCAGCAGCAGCAACUCCAACAGCAAAUCCUACAGCAGCAGCAACUCCAGCAGCAGCCCUCGUUGCAAGCCUCGCCCAGUCACAAUGCCACCAAUCUGCUGCGCCGCGCCUCCCAGAUGCAGCAGCAGCAGCUUCAGGAGGCCGCCAGUGCCGCCGCCAUGGCAGCUGCCCAACAGCAGCAACAGCAACAGCAGCAGCGAGGCGGACGACCGCCCAUGCUGGGCCAGAUGGGACAGCAGUCCUCCAUCGAUCACUUUGACCACUACAAGCGUCCGCCCAGUCGCGAUUCCUCCAUCGAUCGGUAUGCCCGGGCAGCCAGUCGCCUCAGCGGAGCCUUUGCUGGCUCACGACAGACAUCCCUGGAUCGCUCUGGACUGGCAGAUCCACUGACCAAUGGGGGAACCAGCACCCCGGAUGGCCGUCCCCGGGCCGGCUCAGUAUUCCGCGGUUCCACCCCGCAACCUGGAGUCGGCACAUCGAGCAUGACGGGCAAUGGUUCCCUGCCCUCGGGUACAGGCGGAGGGCGACUAUCGCGGGCGGGAACACCCAGCUUGGGUUCCACCGGACGAGCGCCUAGCCAGACUAAGGUGGAACCGCUUUUUUCGUCACCCAACCAGCCGUUCGAGGACGUCCUGCUGCGCCAGCGGACGCUCGGCCAGGACAUCAUUCCCUCGCCCUCGCAGCCCAAGCGCACGGAGAGCCUGUACAUGCCGGCCAAGCCGGCCACGCCGGUGGGCGUGGUCCUGGGCGGAAAAGGAGGAGGAGGAGGCGGCGGCGGUGGCGGCAAGAAAAUGAAGACGGUGCCCAUCAAUGUGACGCUGCAGCGGAAAAAGUCAAUGCCGGAUUUCCAGGAGCUGCCGCGCGCCACAGAGGCCAUGAGCCGCGAGGAGGUGUCCGCCUUGGGCUCGGCCCGACGGGAGGCAGUGCGUCGCCAGAUUGAGGUCAACGAGCGCCUCAGGGCGAAUCCCCUGCUGUAUUUGGUCAGUCCACAGGUUAAGGAUUGGUUCGUUCGCCAGCAGCUGAUGCUGCUCGUCCUGAUUUUCAAUGUGGCGUUGGCGCUGCUGUUUGUCUACAUGCUCACCUAGCGCCGGAGGAGGAUUCACAGGACGACGCGGGACAGGGGCUUGGCUACGGAUUCGGAUGCGGAAACGGUGUGGGCGUUUUGGGGCAGAACCACUGCGGAUUUUGGAAGCCACCGUUGGUCCGAAGGCCGCUUUUCCGCGUGUGGUCCCCCGCUGGCCCGCUUGAUAGGGGCAAUAAGUUUUUAGCAUUUGCAGUGUAAUACCAGUUUAAAGAGAGAGCAAGUACCAUUACUGUAUAUCAUAGGGGACAUGCGAGGAUGGGAAGGAAUAUCGAAUAACGACGAGUCUAGACUGCAGCCAAAUAAUGGAUUAAAUAAUUAAAUUAACAAAAAGAGAACUCAUAGCGCAGAACUGCAAGGCACAAAUCGUAGUUAACAAAAACCAAAAAAUCUUAGACCGCCAUUUCAUUUAAUUUUUCAAGCCAAAAUAAUAAAAAAAAAAUUUGUAUUUGUGGCUAACCGGGAGAAUAGAAGGGAGGUAGAAAGGAAGUUAGGGUGAGGAGAUCGAAUAACUAUAUGCAAAUCAAUUUAACGAAUUUUUCUACACAUUUAAUGUAAAGAUAAAGGCAAAAAAACCAACUACACCUUAACCUAAUCAAUGUUUAAUCAAGGAAAAUAAAUGCGUAAACUUUAAACUCUGGCUGCAUAAUGUUAUAAAUAAAACAUAUAAUUAAAUGCAAAUCUAGGCGAAUGCAAAGGCAACCAUAAACAUAAAAGAAAACAAAAAGAAUACAACAACCAAAGAAACCAAGAUACUUUUCCUAUUUGCAAUUGAAACUGCAUUAGUCAGCAAACUUAAUCAAAACAAAAGGCAACCGAAUAAUACAUGUACUCAUAUUUAUAUAUUAAAGUGUGUAAUGACACCUAUAUUUGUAUAAUUAGCAAAAUUGUGUGGGACCGAAAAAACAGCACCAAGCAGAAGCAGAGUAUCUACAAGAUACUUGGAGUAUCUUGGCCUGCUUAGCGAUUGUUUUGGUUUACCAUUUGGACUACAUUUGAACUAUAUUUCGAACGUGAAAAAUAAUAAUAUAUAUUUUAACGCAACGGAUCAGAUCAGAGAGAUUGUUAAUGAAUGAGGAGAAGCUGUAUAUAUACAUUUAAAAAACAAACUAUAUCGUAUAACUAUAAUUAUUUUCCUCUCUAUAAUUUAUGUUUAAAUUCACAUAGCUGGGACGACGACGUGUCAUUAAUUCAAAGUGUUGCAAUUUAUCGUUUUUUAGUUUCAUUCUUCAUUUACCAAUGUACGAAUAUGUUCGAAGCAUUAUGAUUUCAUUUAUUAUUUGUUAUAUUUUAUAUGCAUACAUUAUUGAGAAUGAAAAGAUAAAUAAAUAAAAAACCGCACAUUCGCAUAUCUCUGCAAGUGUA